AUCCACGCUCGAAGCUAGUUGGUUCAUGGAAAUGGAAUUGAAAUAAAAUGAGGUUAGGAAUCAACGAGGACUAUUGAUAACACAUGUUGCUGAAGAUAAAUUAUGUAAAAUUUCAAUAUAUUCCGUAUAAUGAUGACCCGUUGUACUGACGAGAGUUCGGAAAAUGAAGGUUUGUUUAUGAAAAAAAAUAAUUCGUCUCAGAAUAAAUUUGUGGAACGUCGACGAAGUAAAAACAAAUCUGAAAAUAUAGUAGCCAACAACAAGCAUGGUAUUGUUGUCAACGAGAAAACGCAAGAAAAAUCUGCUAUCAAACAAUCCCCAGUUAGGUUUGGGAGUAAAAUGAAAACAAACGAGUUUAACAGGCUGGAGGAUCGAGAUUUGAAGCAGGUAGGGGAAAAUCCAAAUAUUCAAAGUCAGCACUCUUCCGAUGAUGAGCACCUCAAUAAACCACGUACCACCAAUAGCAUCAAGCUAGAACGGUUUUCAUCAGACUCUGAAAGUAGCGACGGAAAUCCAAUUUUUCGCAGGGCAUCUAGGAGAUCAAAACUUGCAUUUGGCGAUAGUGAUGAUGAAGCAGCAACUCCCAAAAAUUCUGAACAUAGUAUGCGUGUACAUGAUUCUGGAGAUGAGUUGAUCGAUAAUUCGAAAAUUACAGCUGCAAUUGAAGAAGAUUUUAUAAGAAAGCCUACCAAACUUUCUGCUGUACUUAUUAAAAAAGAAAUAGUAUCCAAAAAUGAAGAAGAAGCAUUAGAUUGUGCGAAGCUGAGUAAAAUUGAGACAAAUACAAAUUUUAGUCAGCACACAAUGUCUCCAAGUUUUGGAAGUGAGGAUGAAGAGAAUGAGCGAGUCGCGGGCAAUAGUAGUGACUCUGACAGUGUAAUACCACCAUCACAAUUUUGGCUACAUCAGUAUAAGAAACCAAAACUAAACAUUGACAAAGCAUCUGGAAAUAUUUCUAAGAAAUUAUCUACAAUUAAGAAUCUGGACUCCGAGGAUGGAAGCACAAUAGUAGAAACGCCAUUGAUAAAUUCUCAAUCACCUUUGAAGAAAGAACCUCACAGAAAAUCACCACCUAGAAUUACGAAGACAGAAAUUAUUAGUGAAAAAUAUAAAAGGAUUAAUCAAAAGACCUUGAAAGAUGAAAUUGAAUCGUCCCAUGAAAAACAAAGCAUUAUGAAUAAUGCUGAUACAGUCAAGGGAACAAAUUCAAAACUCACAACUUUGAAAACAAAUAGCUUUAAUACGUAUUACUCUCAGGGUAGUUCAAACAAUGAAGAUAAUUUGGAUAGCAGUGGUGACGAACUGAGGAAGAAAUUGAAAUCGCAUAGCGCAAGUCAAGCCUCUGAAAUAUCACAAACUCAGCUAAAAGAAAUAUUGGCUUCAGAACGCAAAAUAUCAGACGACACUUUCAGUGAUAAUACAGAACAGAUAGCAUUAGUUUCUGCCAAUAAGAGUAAGAAUUAUAAAAAUUCACGAGAUUCAUCAAAACAGAAGACUGCUGAAAAGUCCAAAAUAUUGAAUUCCAGUUUUGGCCAUCAAAGAGCACUGAGAGAAUUUGACUCUACCAAUGAGCCGCUGAGUCCUAAAAAGUCACAAACUGUUUUGGAUAAUGAUCCCAGAGAUAAUAAAAUGUCAGUGAACUUGGACUCUUUCAAUAAGAGCCACAAUGCCAACAAAUCACAAUGUUCGACGAAGCAGAUGUUGGCUGUUAAGCUCGAACUACCUGACCACAGUUCCAGCCAUAGUAAAGUACAGAGUGAAUUGGACUGUACAACUGAGACUCAGAGUCCUAAAAAAUUACAGAAUUCACUAAAACGCAAAUUGGCUGCAAAGCAAAAGCUAUCAGAUAACGAUUCCAUAAUUGAACCAAAUGUAAAGGUGCAAAAAAAAACUGCUAUGAAUCAGAAUUUAAGAAAAAAGCUAGCUAAUGAACCUUCAGUAAUUACCUCAGAACCAUCCAGUGAUGGUGGUUCUAACAAAAAAGUGGAUUUACAAAAAACAACACCAUCCAAAAAUAUUGUAUUAUCUCUCAAAAGACCCAACCACAUAAGUGCAUUAGGUUCAAAAUUUGAUAACACGCAAAUGAUUCUUGAAUUCAAAAGUAACAAUAAAUAUUCAGAAACUGGUACAUUUAACAAUGCAUCAAAUGCUUUAUCAUUUGUCGAAGAUCAAUCAACUUCUCACAAAUUCUCCACUUCAAACCAGGCUAAUUCUGAUGAUGACAAUCCAUUUGAAAAGAGCUUUAGCAACAAUAUACCUGCACUAACAGACAGUGUACUACCCAAAAAAAAAUCCAGACGCAUUAGGGACAGUUCAAACGAGGCAGACCCUUUUGUUGCAAAAACUUGCACAAAUGAUCUACAUGAAACUGAGCAAGAUAAUCAAAUUUCUAGAUUGGUAUCUUCACCUAAGAAAUCUGGGUUGGGUGAUGGUUUAGAAAAUAAAGAAAUAUAUUCACCCGGUGAAGUCAAAACACCUCUUAGGAGAAAACGUUCAGAGGCUGAUAUUGAUAUGCCAGUAUCAAAAAAACGUUCAAAGCUAACAUCUUCAGUGACAAACAAAUUGCCCCAAGCUAUAUCAGAUUCAGAUGACACAGAUUAUUUAACACAAUUGAAUACAACACUGAAUAAAUCAAUGGCUCUCAUGGAAAAUAAAUCAGAAGCUGUAAAAUCAAGUAGAAACAGAAAAUCGGUGUCAAUAAACAUGAACCAUGCAUCAGCACGUAAAUCAAAUGGUACCAAAACGCAAAAAGGUAUUCUGAAAAAGCCCGAAUACCUCACCAAUGACAAAAAUCAAGAAAAUGUCAGUGAUUCUCAAGAGCAGACUGAUGUUCAACAAAAUGAUCAACCCAUUGAAACUCUACAAGAAACAAUCAAACGCCCAUCGAACCUACCAGACUUUCAACGACAGGAAAGUUUGAUCGAAGAUUAUAGCAAAGUCAGUUUUGCUCUCAAUGACUUAUCUGAUGAUGAUGAAAUUUUCAUUAUGGAUGUUCCCAAAACGGUGAACCCGAAAGAGUUGAAAGGCCAAAAAAUUAGACUGUGGGGUAAGAACAAAUUGCAAAUUGCAAAUCAAUUAUAUGAAACAUAUGAAGAGGAUCCCACAAAUAUAUCUUGCGUCUUCAGCAUUGACGGAGAGCAGUGCUCGUAUAAAGCUGUGAACUUAACACCAGUUGGAUGUAUGAGAGUUCGUCAGAAACUACCAAAGUCUUUACAGAUCGAAAUGGCUUCUGUCGAGAAAAUUACUGUGCCAUUUCCUGAAAACCUGAAAGUCAGGCAUCCCUUAUUUGGUGCAGCGUAUGAAGACAAAAUUAAUACUAAACACAACAAAAUAUUGAAUGAUAAUGGAAGUUUAAAAGCAAAAUCAGAAGCAAAGUUAAAGACAAAUAAGAAAGCAAACAAUGCUUCUGAAAAAAGGCCUCCCAUUAAAAUAGAAAAACUCUCCAUGAAAACAAAAAAUGUUCAAACGAACGAAAAGAAAGAAGAAGAUGAAAGUAAUUUUGAAGAUGAUGUAGAAAGGACAGUACAACGUAAUAGUAAUUACUCUGUAUCUAGUGAUUCCGAUAGCAAUGAAAGUUUCUUUCAAGACGUGAAACAUAAGGGGAUAGGGAAACAUGAAAAAAGUAAAAAUUCGCCAAAAAAUUUAUUUACUUCAAAUGUUGACGAAAUACCUCUAUUCACUAGUUUGACUUGUCGUACAGAAAAACCGAUCCUCACUAGUCAGCAAAAACUAUCAUCAGUUAAAAAUUUAGGAUUAUCACUGAACUCAUCUACCACAAAACUUGAAAAUUUUGAUAACCUCUCAGAAGACAGUAAAUUUUUUAGUUCAACUCCAAUUAAAGUAGAUACAGAUCAGAAGAGGGAUGAAAUUUUUUCUAUCAAAGUUGGAAAGAAGAAGAACCGUGGCAAUGACAUAAAGUAAAAAGAGUUACCAUAAAACUUCAUGAAGAAUUAGAUUAUGUCUCUUUUUGGAAUAAAGAAUAGUUGUCAAAUGCGACCGGUAAAAAUAUACGUUUGAAGAUUGACGUUAUGAAAAAAUUAAGCAACAAAAGUAUACAACCAUCAAUCACCGUGGAAUUUUUCUAUCGUAAAAGUGACUAAUAAGUUUUGAACAUGGUCAAGCAGAGUAGAAAUAUUUUAUAAAUAAUAAAGUGCACAUAUGCUGAGAAUAUAUGAUUAUCAAUCGCUUAAUCAUCAUACAAACAUCAGCCAUUUCAAAAAAAUAUAAUUAACUAGUACUAGUAAGGAAUUGAUAUUACAUACGAAUCCCGGUAUUGAAUAAGCUACCCAAAACCUGGCACCCAAUGAGUAUGUGAUUCUUGGCUUCUCAACUCAACAAAUCAUUGUAAAUGUAUGAAAAAAAAAGACUCAAGAAAGCUUUUAG